AUCUGAUGACAAGAGGAUCAUGAAUAAGAAGAUGAAGAUCUAUUAACGGAGAAGAUGGACUUGUCUCUCCAGAGGAGUUUGAGUGUUCUGGAUCGUCUCCUCCUCACACACUCCAUAUGGUUGCAGCUGUCAGUCAACCUUGACUCCGCCUACCAAAUCCUACAGCGAGAGAUAGUAGGGACAUUUCUGGUGUGUAAAUGUAGUGCCUCCCACAGGAAAGUUCUGUGUGUGCGGGCGCAGGAGGCCAGUGUGAGUGUGUCACAUUAUCCCAUCCGUGAGGAAGACUCGACUUUUUCUUUAGAAAGUUCAGCCCUGAGCUUUCCAGAUCUCUGCAGAUUAGUGGCCUUUUACACCGUCAGCAGGGAUGUAUUGCCUUUCCCAUUGGAGCUCCCAGAAGCAAUUGCACAGGCCACAACACACACACAGCUAGAAAAUAUUUCGCAUCUGGGUUUCGAGUUCUGGAGCUCCCAGACAUCCUCUGGCCUUCCUAAUGGACCCCCUCCACCCUCAGCACCCCACCGGACAUCCAGAGUGAUUAGCCCCUGUUUCAUCAACCCCCUUUUCCUGCAACCGCCCCAGCCCAGCAAAGCCGCCUCACACAAGCGCCACCGCUUUAAACGCAGUCUAAGGGUUCGUGUGUCCAAUGAAACUUCUCUCAGUCUGUCGGGUGGAGAAUCUGACCAAACCCAGGGUGAAACGCAUGGACAGAAUUCUAGCCAGGGAGGUCCGAGACGGGCGGGUGGAUUGAAUGUCCUCAGGAGGACCCCGGCGCUGUCUCCAACAUCAGAAGAGGAGGAUGAACAGAUGUUGGGACAGAUACCACCUAGCAACACUUUACCCCAACAAGACAAUGCUGAAAACAAAGAUCCCGAAGAUGGUGAGGUUUGUCUUGCUUUGGAGAGGACUCGAGCUCCUUCCCUUGCCGAACUGGACAGUAAUAGUUCCUUCAGCAGUCUGGAGGAGGAGGAUGCCCAAGCAGACUCCACCCACCAGUGGCCCCCUGCCACAAGGGGUACACGUUUUCCCUCCGCAAACCCAACCUCAACUCUGCGCCGCAUGACCGCUGCUUUUGUCUGUGUGUUUGCUCCUGAACGGCGAGUGGCUCGAUUAGUGGACGAACUCUCCAGUGACAGACGGUCCACAUUCGGAUCAUUGGUGCAAGACUUCUUAGAGAAACAGAGGCAAGAGAUGGAGGCCUCAACACAGACCUCUACUGUGGAGCUGCUUCAGGAAGUGAGGAGAUUUCUGUCCCAAGCCAAAAGCCUUCUUAUAGAAGCAGGAGAAAUAGAGCCUCCAAUUGAGACGUUGGUGCCAGAGAAUGAGAAAGAUCUGGCACUGGAAAAGGCUCUGUUUCGCUGCGUGUUAAAACCGUUGAAGGUUCAGAUGCAGCAGACACUUGUCUCACUUCACACAAGGGAUGGCUCCUUAAAGAGGAUCACUGACAGCAUGCUGGCCUGCCAGGAGGGGGCUCUAGAGCAUCUGGGUGUACGAGUCGGGGUCCUUGACGUUCGUGGCAUAGAAAGAGCAAAGAAAAAACUCAUGUUAAUGCAACGCAGCCAUUCACCAAUUGACAAGGUGGUGCUUUUGCUGCAGGUGUGCAAGAGUGUGUACAAAGCCAUGGGUACAAAGCCUGAUAAUGAAGUGGGGUCUGAGGACUUCCUACCAGCAUUGUCCUAUGUGCUAGUUCAGUGUAAUAUCCCGCAACUGCUGCUAGAGACGGAGUACAUGAUGGAGCUGCUGGAGCCAUUAUGGCUGACAGGAGAAGGUGGAUACUACUUGACAAGUGUUUAUGCCAGUCUAUGGCUGAUUCAGAGCAAGCCUGGGAGCAUGCCCACCUGUAGUUUGACCAAUGAGGCUCAAGAGAGCUUGAGGGAGUGGAGCAGGAGGCGGGGCCAAGAAGCAAAAACCCAGAAGGACAGUCAGCAGAAACAGAGGUUCGUCCGUGUGUUAUUCCAGGAUGACAGUCAUAGUGCAGUGCGGACAAUUCUCUGGAAGGCAGGGGAUAACAUAGAUGUGCUGGCCCAAACCUGCGCUGGUCUGUUUGGUGUGAGUGAUCCCCAGCACUAUUGUCUGUUCUGGAGGAGUGAAGGGAAGAUGUGUCCUCUACCUGCCCAUGUUCAGCCCCAUGAGCUGGGCAUGCAUGAGGGUGGAUCUCUGUCGUACCUCCGCUCCGAUCACGACUUUUGCAAAAUGCGCAGACUGACCCGAGGGGGCGCUGUCGAUCUUGGGGAGUCAGUGUGUGAGGAGUGAAGAGAAACAGGUGUAGAAUUACUUUUUUGGUACAUUUGUGGCGAUUUGGAUAUCACAAGUUUUUGAAUGCUGUAUAUAUGUCUAUGGAUGAUGGUGAUUAUUUUUUGCGUGCAAGUGUGUUCGUAUGGGUGUGUUGUGUGUUAUAAAUCAGAAAGCACAACACCGUUUUAGAUUAAUUGAAACAGAUUAUUCAUAGGUGUGACUUGGUAAUAAUGCAAAAAGCAAUAUCUGCCAAACGAGAAGAUCUGGAGAA